ACCCCUCAGUGUGGUUCGGCGGCCGCCGGAGAAGGCUUUUUUUAGCCUCGCUAGCGGCAGCACCCGGUCCUCAGCUGCGCGUGAAGUGGUCGUGUGGCAGGAUGAGUGCAGACUCCGACCCCGUGGUCAUCGUCUCGGCGGCGCGGACGAUCAUAGGCUCCUUCAAUGGUGCCUUGUCCACUGUUCCUGUCCAUGAGCUAGGCUCCACUGUCAUCAAAGAAGUCCUGAAGAGGGCCGCUGUGGCCCCCGAAGAGGUGUCGGAGGUCAUAUUUGGACACGUUUUGGCAGCAGGCUGCGGGCAGAAUCCUGUUCGACAAGCCAGUGUGGGUGCAGGGAUCCCUUACUCCGUCCCAGCAUGGAGCUGUCAAAUGGUCUGCGGGUCAGGCCUAAAAGCUGUGUGCCUCGCAGCCCAGUCCAUCCAGAUCGGAGACGCCAGCAUUGUGGUUGCUGGCGGCAUGGAAAGUAUGAGCAAGGCCCCUCACCUGGUUCACCUGAGGACAGGAGUCAGGAUUGGGGAGACACCACUAGCAGACAGUAUUCUCUGCGACGGGCUCACAGAUGCAUUUCACAAGUAUCACAUGGGCAUUACAGCUGAAAAUGUAGCCAAAAAAUGGCAAGUGAACAGAGAAGAUCAGGACAAGUUAGCAGUUCUGUCCCAGAACAGGGCAGAGAGUGCACAGAAAGCUGGCUAUUUUGACAAAGAGAUUGUACCAGUUUUUGUGCCUUCUAGAAAAGGCCUCACUGAAGUUAAGACAGAUGAGUUUCCUCGCCACGGGAGCAACUUGGAAGCCAUGUCCAAACUAAAGCCUUACUUCCUCACUGAUGGGACAGGGACUGUCACCCCAGCCAAUGCUUCAGGAAUGAACGACGGUGCUGCAGCUGUGGUUCUCAUGAGGAAAUCAGACGCCGACACCCGUGGGCUUGCACCCCUGGCACAGAUAGUUUCCUGGUCACAAGCCGGUGUGGACCCUUCCAUUAUGGGAACAGGGCCGAUUCCAGCAAUAAAGCAAGCUGUUGCAAAAGCAGGUUGGUCACUGGAGGACGUGGACGUGUUCGAAAUCAACGAAGCCUUCGCAGCCCUGUCUGUGGCAGUAGCUAAGGAGCUUGGAUUAAACCUGGAGAAGGUCAACGUUCAAGGAGGGGCUAUUGCCUUGGGCCACCCUCUAGGGGCAUCUGGCUGUCGGAUUCUUGUCACCCUGCUACACACCAUGGAGCGACAGGGUGGGCGCCGUGGUGUCGCUGCGCUAUGCAUCGGGGGUGGGAUGGGGAUAGCCAUGUGCGUUCAGAGAGGGUGAACCUGC